AACAAUGGUUGAUAUGUCCGAUUUGAAGGAUGGUGCUUUACGUGAAAUCGUUAUGGAUGAAAGUGUCUUCGGUAUUGAAUUCAAGUCACUUAUUACAAUUGAUGACUUGGAGGAGAUUUUUAAGCAUGAUCAACUAGGCGUCACUAACAUGCACUCAUACAUCCGGUUGUUGUAUGACAGAGUGUUGCGCGGGACUCCGUUGUCUAACAGAUUCCGUUUCGUGUCUUCCGCCCACUGCAGCGGAAUGGCAAUUGCUUCGGAACCGGAAUCAGUUAGACAGCGCUUAGUAGAUAGUUUCAUGUCCACCGGCAAUACAGAAAGUCUGCAUCUUUGGGCGUAUAAUACCCGACCAGUAGGAGCACACUGGUUGCUGCUUGCUAUCAACCCUAUAAGGGAAGUCGUGUAUUAUCUGAAUUCGGUAAAUGGUGAAUGGACCAAUUAUCCGGCCAUGAAGGAAAUCGUUGAUUUAUCAAUACAAGUGUUCCGAAGUCAACGGGACGCACAGGUAUCCCGAACUAAAUCUAACAACAUUACUUGGAUCCAAAAAAUUAAUUUUGUUGUGUUUGAUAUAAGUAUAUUUGAUCUAGCUAGUUUGACAUUUGUUUGA